AUGAGAAACAACAGUGAGUUAAUCAUUCCGAAAUUGUGAUUCAACCACUAAAAAUUCGUGUUAGCAUUAAAUUCUAAUCGUUAAAUUGCUGAAUGUGACAUAAGAUCUUUCUUUAAUUAACUCGAAUUUAUUGACAUUAAAAGGGUAUGUGAAUGUAAAUAUUGACAACAAUUCGAAGAUCGGAUGGUUAGCCCGCGAAGCGAUGGAAAUUAUUUAUCAAUUUGUCCUUUAGUCGAUCAAAUUGAAUUUUGAAGAAUAAGUGACAUUUGCGGAAUAUUAUCUCUACAUCGAUCGUUUUACAGCAACCAUCAUUCAUGGCUCUGUGGCAAAAAGCUCAACACCUUCUGCCCGAAGCUUUACCACAAGUGCAUGGCAUUUACGGCGAACACUUCCCAGUCGAAGUGAGACAUUUUCUGGCUCCGUGGAUUGAGGAAAAAAUAUGGUCGGACUUUGAUCCAGACAAUCCGCAAAAUGAAAAAUACGCUCUCGAAUUGUUUACAUCUUUCCUUCAAGAGAUUGAGACCAAAGCCAACUCUAUGGUAGGAACCGAAUCUUUUCCUGCCAAAUUGAAAUUAUUAGAAGCGGUCAACUCUUUUAAGCAACGGUUCAGUUACAAUCCAGCCGAGCUGUUUCGUCUGAUAAGAAAUUGCCUGCUGAGUGAAAUGAGAUUGGUUGAACAAGCUGAAUCGAUGUCACAACCUAACGGAAUGGACCAAAAAAGGACUUAUUUCAUGGGUACGCCGAAUUUCGCCCAGCUGAACACCAGCAUAGAUACGGCCCGAGCUCAAACCCAAGAAAUAUCCAGCAAUAUCAAAGCUCUCGACUCGGAACAGGAAUCUUUCUCGUUAAAUUUUCACGAAUAUCAGAAAAUUAAAGAUAAUUUGAAAAAUAUAGAAACCGUGCCAGAGUAUCGAACGCCGGCUUAUCUAGCCGCAGUACCAAAAUUUAGAGCAACUAAACAGCAAUUAGAAGUGAUGCUUCAACAAAAGGAAAGGAUAUUAAAACAGUACCAAGUUCACAUCAUGGAGAAACUAAAAUCCACCUAUCUACACGUUAGCAAUCUAAUUCACGAAGUACACAACACAGAACUGGUAGCCUGGAAACGAAACCAGCAACUGCACGGAAAUGGAUCCGAUUUCGAUCCUGGACAUUUAGAUAUUAUACAAUCUUGGUGUGACAGCUUGGCCGAAAUAUCUUGGGCUAACCAGAACCAAUAUAAAGAGAUGAAAAGAUUGGCUCAAAUGAUCGGACAAUUUAUCGGUGAAACUAAACUAGUGACAAAUGCUAUUAUUGAAUUAGACGGAAAGUUCACCGAACUUUUAUCUUCUCUGGUUACAAACACGUUUGUGAUAGAAAAACAGCCUCCUCAGGUUAUGAAAACCAAUACCAGGUUUUCAGCCAAAGUGCGUUUAUUGGUCGGUGGGAAGCUGAAUUUGUAUAUGAAUCCUCCUCAGGUCAAAGUUUCCAUCAUCAGCGAACAACAAGCAAACAUACUGCUUACCGAAAACAUAAUUAAAGGCGAUGUCAGCGGUGAAAUUUUAAACAAUACUGGGACGAUGGAAUACGAACAAGCCACAAAACAGUUAUCAAUUACGUUUCGAAACAUGCAAUUGAAAAAAAUCAAACGAGCUGAAAAGAAAGGUUCAGAAUCAGUCGUCGACGAAAAAUUCUCGCUCUUGUUUACCUCAAAAUUCAAGGUGGGAGGUGAAAUCGAUGCUCACGUGUAUACCUUAUCGUUACCUGUAACCGUGAUUGUCCACGGCAACCAAGAACCUCAUGCCUGGGCCACCAUUACGUGGGAUAAUGCGUUCGCCGAACCCGCUCGUAAACCUUUCAUUGUACCUGAUAAAGUGAGCUGGGGUAAAGUAGCCAUUGCCCUGAACAUGAAGUUCGCAUCUGUGACCGGUAAACAUUUAUCCAACGAUAAUCUGAAAUACUUGGCGGAAAAAUUGUUCAGAGUUCAAAGCGAUGAUUACGAUUCGAUGACACUCUCUUGGUCACAAUUCUGUAAAGAAAAUUUACCAGAUAGAAACUUCACGUUCUGGGAUUGGUUUUACGCAAUCAUGAAACUGACCAAAGAGCACCUGAAAACAUUAUGGGUCGAUGGUACGAUUCAUGGAUUUGUACGUAAAAGGCAAGCCGAAGAAAUGCUUAGCAUGUGCCCUAAUGGGACAUUCCUGCUAAGAUAUUCCGAUUCCGAAUUAGGCGGUAUUACUAUCGCUUGGGUCGGAGCAGGCAAUGGUGAACAAAAACAAGUCACAAUGGUACAUCCCUUCACGUCCAAAGAUUUCGCAAUCCGUACGUUGCCUGAUAGAUUGAACGAUUUAGCUCAUUUGGUUUACUUGUAUCCGGAGAUACCUAAGGAGAAGGCAUUCGGCAAAUAUUAUACGCCGUUUAUUGAUUCGCCGAGUCCUUCUACCAAUGGCUACGUGAAACCUAUAUUGAUUACUCAUCUACCCGGUUUUUCGCUCAAUAUUCAACCGUUGGGCAUACACAGCGCUCCACAAACACCACAAUCGAUGUUCCAACCGAACUCUCCCAGUGACGUCGCAUCCAUCAUCGGUGCUGAUCUAAAUCAUAGGUAUUGAGACGUUCAAAGCGCUUGUAUAGUGUCAGCGACGUGAAUGGUUCUGAUGAUUUCGCAUCACUGAUGGAUAAUAAUAUGGAUUUCUCCUCGUAUAACGAACUGGGAUUCAACGGCAUGCAAUAGACCCGACGCCGACUUGUGAAAUUAUUUUGUACAGUUUUUUGUAUUUUUUUUUUUUUUUUUUUUGUUUUGUUAAUUUCAUGUCUGCUUUUAAAAGUUUCAAAAACAUAAUAUUGAGGAAAUUGUCGAUGACUCGAAAUUCGAUUAAAAGUAAUUAAAAACAACAUUUUACUUCUGCAACGAGUCCUCUGCGCGUUUUAUUUACCUACCGCUCGAGCUUAAUAUUUAAUGUGAUGUUUAAUUUUUUGCAAUUUUUUAUACUUGUAUUUUUUUUUUUUUUGAAUUAUUAAUUUUUAAAAAUGUUUUAAGUUAUUGAUCUCCUCAAUAGGGCCAUGAAAGCUCGUUUAUGUUAACACAUUGUUUUUAACGCGCUGAUUCUAAUUUAGUGGAACAAAAUGUGAAUUUGAUGUUUUUUUUUGCAUUUAAUUAAGUGUCGUUUUAGCAUUUAUUUUUGUUUUUUUUCUCUCUAUUUCAUUUUUCUGUUUGCAUAGUAUUAAGAUACCUAAUUUUAUAAGUCGUGUGUGGUCGUGAAUUUUACGUGCUUUUUAAUGAUUUUUAACAACGCUAUUUCGCACAAAAGUACCAAUAUUUUGUAACGUUAGUGCCUUGGAAUUUUAUAUUACCUGAAGUAUUGUUAAAUCGUUGUUGUGGUGUUUGCUCCGUAUAGUUUCAUUCGAUGAGCAUUUUUUUUUAUCGUGUAUGCGUUCGUCAUUUUUAAUGUUUUGGUUUGUCGUAUCGUUGAUUUUUAUUGAAGAAGUGAGGAGGUCUUUGAUGAAGGAUUUGCGAGGAUUUCUUUUUAUACGCGAAUUAAUUUUCAAAUGGUGAGAAAAUCGUGAUUUUUGUUUAAAUGAUGAAAAUAUUAUUGACGGUGUGAUGGAAAUUUGAUUUGACGAUAACGAACACCUAACGAAACCCUUGUCAGGAGAUGUUUACGAAUUUAUCAGGGUAUACCAACCACGCUUUUUUGCGAAUUUUAUGUAUUAAGAGUUUUUUUAUGAUCAUGAGAUUAUUACUUAAUUUAUAGUAUGAACCGUAAGCUAUUUUGAAAAUAAAUCAGAAUGUUUUCAUA